AUGCUCUCGAGACGAUUUCGUGCACCAGUACCGCCUUUUCAACAACCUCUUCCAACUGAAGAAAUGGGCUGGUGGGAUAUAUUGAAUGAGACACUAGCACUACUUCAACAUAUGAUUUUUAUGUUGAUCGAAUUUCCGAUGACAAUUUUGGGUUAUCUUGGUAUUCAAUUGCCCAAUUUUUGUUCACCGUUAUUCUCUGUUUGUGUGUGCGGUGCUCUGACUGGUGUGGCUUGCGCAACAGGCAUUGGUUUGGGUGUUGGACUAGGGGUAGGAUUAUCAUGUGCAAAAUCGUACGUAGGUAGUACGACGAAUUCAACUUUUACUAACGUGACUAAUACGACGAUUACUGGGAAUGAUGCAGAUUACUAA